ACAUUUCUAUUGAUAAACCAAUGGAUUUUGAUGCAGUUUGGUGUGUUUGCUUGGUCCUCUUCGUAGGCUGUAUCUGCCAACCAAGGAAACUAUUUGACAAUCUAAAAGUAUUAACGCCAGCUAGAUAAACAGGAAGAUGAAGCAAGUGUUUCACAAAAAGCAUAUUCCUACUGCUCUCUUUAUAAGUCAGUCAUAACUUGAAUGACUGGGUGUGGCAAAAUGUUUCCUUUCAGUUUUUUAAGAUUUGUAUCUGUGUUUCUCUGUGUCAGUUUGUGUGUGAGUGUGUUUCUUCCAGGCUGUCAUGGCAGCAGUUGGUUCCCCAGGGCCAAAGGUCCCUGAAUGUGUGACCAAAGUGGCACUGAGCAUUUCCUGUGAGAAUCUGCUCGACAUGGAUGCAUUCUCAAAGUCUGACCCUCUGUGUGUGCUCCUCAUGAACUCCUCAGGGCCUCACUGGUGUGAGAUUGGCCGGACAGAGAGAAUCAUGAACUGCUUAAAUCCAAAGUUUUCCAAGAGUUUUGUCGUCGACUACUACUUUGAGAUGGUGCAGAAGCUGAGGUUUGAAAUGUACGACAUUGACAGCGAAAACUGCAGUCUGCAAGAUGCAGACUUCCUGGGAGAACUGGAGUGCACCAUGGGACAGGUUGUAUCCUCAAGAAAUAUAACAAGACCACUUGUCCAUAAGGACAAGAGACCUGCAGGGAAAGGGACCAUCACUAUAUGUGCUGAAGAACGAACAGACAACAGGGUGGUGGAUUUUGAAGCUGAAGGUAGAAAACUGGAUAAAAAGGAUUUCUUUGGCAAAUCCGACCCUUUCCUGGAAUUCCACAAACAGACAGAAACUGGAUGGCAGCUCGCUCACAGGACAGAGGUGGUGAAAAACACCCUGAACCCAACAUGGAGACCCUUCCGCAUCCCGCUUCCGGCCCUCUGUGGAGGCGAUGUGGAGAGACCUAUAAAGGUGGAUUGUUAUGACUACAACAGCAACGGAUCUCAUGAUUUCAUUGGAUGUUUUGAGACAACACUCGCCCAAAUACAGCAGGGAUCACAAACAUAUGCGGCCGAGUUUGAAUGCAUCAACAGUAAGAAGAAACAGAAGAAGAAAGGAUACAAAAACUCUGGUGUUAUCGUUGUUAAAAAAUGCAAGAUAGUCAAGGAGUAUACCUUUCUGGAUUACAUAAUGGGCGGCUGUCAGAUUAACUUCACUAUUGCGAUUGACUUCACAGGCUCCAACGGGGAUCCCAGCUCCGCUCAGUCCCUCCAUUACAUCAACCCUCAGGGCUAUAAUGAGUACCUGGCUGCUAUCUGGGCAGUGGGUAAUGUCAUCCAGGACUAUGACAGUGACAAGAUGUUCCCAGCUUUCGGAUUUGGAGCCCAGCUUCCUCCUACGUGGCAGGUCAGCCACGAGUUUCCCAUUAACUUCAACCCAGCAAACCCAUUCUGUGAAGGCAUAGAAGGCGUGGUCAAAGCCUACCAGUAUUGCCUCCCCCAGGUGAAGCUUUACGGUCCCACAAACUUUUCCCCCAUCAUCAACCAUGUGGCCCAGUUUGGCAAGCAGGCCAUGCAGCAGGAAACUGCCUCUCAAUACUUUGUGCUGCUGAUCAUCACUGACGGAGUGAUCACAGACAUGGACCAGACUCUCAGAGCCGUCGUCAACGCCUCUCGUCUGCCCAUGUCCAUCAUCAUCGUCGGAGUAGGUGGGGCGGACUUCAGUGCCAUGGAGUUCCUCGAUGGAGACGAUGGAUUUUUACGCUGUCCUACAGGCGAGACUGCCAUGCGGGACAUCGUGCAGUUUGUGCCAUUCAGACAGUUCCAAAAUGCUCCUCAGGAAAUGCUGGCUCAGAGCGUCUUGGCAGAAGUCCCGGGUCAGGUGGUGGGCUUCUUCAACAGCGUGAGAUUGAGACCACCUCAAGGAGACACACCUCUCCCUGACCCCGCAGCAUCAGCACCCCCCCCGUGAUGUAUUCUCAAUAUACUACAUGAGCAUGCACCAUCAAGUCUGGGACUCAUGGUAUGAUUUGUAAAUACUUGUAUGCACUAAUAAUAUAAAGCCAUUAUACACUGAUACGGUAUGCCAUUUCUUAAAUGUUUUUUAACAUGUACUUAACACAGAUGUAUUGUUAAUGUAACAUAAGACUUAAUUAGACCCUCCAGAAAAACGCGGGCUAAAUUCCUUGAUUAUGCGGGCUAAAAUCCUUGAUUAUGCGAUUAAACA